AUGUCUGCGGCGCACACGACCUCCCGCCGUUUUGCGUACGUCUGUAUCGCGCUCGUCGCAGCCCUCAACCUGCUCGGGGCUGCCGCCUUCGACGUCAGUCUCUACGACAAUGUUGCCGUAUACUGGGGUCAGGACUCAUAUGGUGCCACUCACUCGGAUGUCGCCGACUACCAACAGCCCAUCUCGUUCUACUGCCAGGACGACGCGAUCGAUGUUAUUCCGAUCGCGUUUGUCAAUUCCUUCUUUGGGACUGGUGGAUACCCCGUGCUGAAUCUGGGAAAUACGUGCAACAGCACCACGAAUGGAUACUUCAACGGCACGGAGCUCCUCAACUGCUCCUUCCUGGCGACCGACAUUGAGUACUGCCAGAACCAGGGCAAGGCCGUCACGAUCAGUCUCGGGGGAGGGGGUGCCAGCGUUGGAUUCCAGAGCGACAGCGAGGCGCAAACCUUUGCGGACACCAUUUGGAACCUCUUCCUUGGCGGGACGAGCGACAUGCGCCCUCUGGGUAGUGUCGUACUCGACGGUGUUGAUCUCGACAUCGAAGGAGGCUCAGAGACCGGCUAUGCCGCAUUCAUCGCGCAACUUCGCACGUACUUCGAGGGUGCGGACAAGUCAUACUACAUCAGCGGUGCACCACAGUGCGAGUAUCCGGACGAGUAUCUCGGAGAUGCACUGGACUCCGCCUGGUUUGACAUGGUCUACGUGCAGUUCUACAACAACCCGUGUGGGCUGCAAAACUUCGACGAUGCCUCGGGAUACGACUUCGGUAUCUGGGACAUCUGGGCACGCAACGUUAGCAUUAACCCUAACGUGAAGAUAUUCGUGGGUGCACCUGCAUCGACCACUGCGGCCGGCACUGGGUACCAGAACGCCUCGCAGUUGGAGACCAUCGCGAUCUAUUCCAGGAACUCGUAUCCAUCGUUCGGGGGUGUCAUGAUGUGGGAUGCCUCCCAGGCUUACCAGAACGACCAGUACGAUCUUACCAUCAAGGAUGCCCUCGUUGCGGCUGGCAGUACCGGGUUCACCUACCCGGCCUGCUCUGCUGAGGAAUGGACGAGCGGCUCGGACUACCCCGGGGGCUCGAAAGUAUCUUGGAAUGGCUACAUCUGGGAGUCAAAGUACUACGCCUCUGACGAGCCCACGAUGAACUACAACGGUGACUGGAUGCCGAUCAGCGCAUGCGCGGGCACUGCGCCUACCAGCAGCUCGCCGACGACGUCCACAGCGUCGUCCGGGACGACCUCGACGUCGGCGACGGCAACGACGACGAGCACGGGGACUGGAAACUGCGCGGGCGUGGCCGAGUGGUCCGACAGCACAGCGUACACGGGCGGGUCCGAGGUGCAAUACAACGGUGACCUGUGGACCGCACAGUACUGGACCGAGGACGACGUGCCAGGUGGUUCAGCUGGCGUCUGGACCAACGACGGCGCGUGCAGCUCGAGCGACGUCGCAGCGCGCGCGUUCGCACCGCCGACGCCUGCGCCGGUCGCUCCGCGGAGCAAGUCGCGGUUCUUCCGCCUCUGA